AUGGCACACCAGCUGUCCCCGUGGCACCCUGACCGUGCCGAGCUGAAGGACGUGGCCAAGCGCUUCUCGCAGGGGGGGGUCUCGCACUACCUGACGCUGACGCUGGAUGAGGCCGAGGCGCUGCUCUACGUGGGCGCCCGCGAGGCCGUCUUUGCCCUGGCCACCGGCACCGUGGAGCUCAAGGCGGCGAUCUCCUGGGAAGCCCCCGUGGACAAGAAAGCUGAGUGCAUCCAGAAGGGCAAGAAUAACCAGACUGAUUGCUUCAACUAUGUGCGCUUCCUGCAGAGCUACAACAGCUCUCACCUCUAUGCCUGCGGCACCUAUGCCUUCCAGCCCAAGUGCACCUACAUCGAACUGUCUGGCUUCACCCUGGACCAAGUGGCUUUUGAGGACGGCAAGGGGAAGUGUCCGUACGACCCCACCAAGGGACACACCGGCCUCAUCGUGGAUGGGGAGCUGUACUCGGCCACAUUCAACAACUUUCUGGGCACGGAGCCCGUCAUCCUCCGCAACCUGGGCCCCCACUACUCCAUGAAGACAGAGUAUCUCACCUCCUGGCUGAAUGAACCCCACUUCGUGGCUUCGGCUUACGUGCAGGAGAGUGCGGCCAGCAGCACCGGGGAUGACGACAAGGUUUACUUCUUCUUCAGCGAGCGGGCGGUGGAGUACGACUGCUACGCGGAGCAGGUGGUGGCCCGCGUGGCGCGGGUCUGCAAGGGGGACGUCGGCGGUGCCCGCACGCUGCAGAAGAAGUGGACGACCUUCCUGAAGGCUCGCUUGGUGUGCUCGGCGCCUGAGCAGCAGCUACACUUCAACCGCCUCCAGGCUGUCUUCACCCUGCCGGGGGCCGAUUGGCAGGACACCACCUUUUUCGGGGUCUUCCAGGCCCGCUGGGGGGACGUGGAUGUCUCGGCUAUUUGCCAGUACCACAUCCUGGAGGUGAAGAAGGCGUUCGAGGGGCCCUACAAGGAAUAUCGGGAGCAGGCACAGAAGUGGGGCCGGUACUCGGAUGAGGUGCCGAGCCCCCGUCCCGGCGCGUGCAUCACCGACUGGCACCGCCGGAACGGCUUCGCCAGCUCCCUCGAGCUGCCUGACAACACCCUCAACUUCGCCAAGAAGCACCCGCUGAUGGAUGAGCCCAUCCUGCCUCACCAUGGGCGCCCACUUCUCCUCAAGAAAGACGCCAACUUCACCCAGCUGGUGGUAGACCGAGUGCCCGGGCUGGACGGCACCGUCUAUGAGGUGCUCUUCAUCGGCACAGGUGACGGCUGGGUGCACAAGGCGCUGAACCUGGGCACUCGCGUCCAUCUGGUCGAGGAGCUGCAGGUUUUCGAGACGGCGCAGCCCGUGGAGAGCCUGGUCCUGGCCGGUCGGAAGAAGCUGCUCUUCGCCGGCUCCCGUUUCCAGGUGGCCCAGUUGCCCCUGGCCGACUGCGGCCGCUACCAGUCGUGCACGGACUGCGUCCUUGCCCGGGAUCCCUACUGCGCCUGGAGCCGCAACGCCAGCCUCUGCGUCCGCACCGAUGGCCUCAACGGGUCCCAGCUGGUCCAGGACGUGCUGAGCUCCGACACCCGUGCCUGUACCCUGCCGCAGGUGGCCAAGCAAGGGCCCAUCACCCCCAAAAACGUGACGGUGGUGGCGGGCACCGACCUGGUGCUGACGUGCCGUUUGGGCUCCAACCUGGCACAGGCACUGUGGACCUUCGAGGGCCGGGCGCUGGCGGCCGAGCAGGCGCUGGUGCUGCACGACGCCCGCCUGCGGGCUCUGGUGGUGCCGGGAGCCGGAGCGCAGCACAGCGGCACGUACCGUUGCUUUUCAGAGGAACAGGGUGCCCGUUUGGGCGGCGAGGUGUACCAGGUGGCGGUGUUGGCCGGCCCCGGGGUGCCGCUGGAGACGCGGGCGCCGCUGGAGAGCCUGGGUCUGGUGUGGGUGGUGGCGGUGUGCCUGGGCGCCCUGUGCCUGGUGCUGGUGCUGGUGGUGCUCUCGCUUUGGCGGCGGUUGCGGGAGGAGCUGGGCAAAGGCGCCAAAGCCAUCGAGAGCACCCUGGUGUACCCCAUCGAGCUGCCCAAGGAGCCCCCCAGUCCCCGCUUCGUGCCCAGCGCCGCCUCCGACUCAGACGAGAAGCUCUGGGACCCGGCCAGCUACUACUACUCGGACGGCUCGCUCAAAAUCGUGCCGGGUCACGCCACCUGCCGCAACGGCGGCCCCCCCGGCGCUGCCUCGCCGCCCAACGCCAUUCCCGGGCAGCCCCUCCACUCGCCCACCCGCAUCCACCUGGGCCCCCUGCGUGGUUCCUCCUCCAACGGCUACAUUCGCCUGGCGCUGGGCGCCGAAGAGCGGCCACCCUGCGCCGAUUUGGCCGAGGAGCUGCGGCGCAAGCUGCAGCAGCGCCAGCCCCUGCCCGACUCCAACCCCGAAGAAUCGUCGGUCUGA